UGUGCAGUCUAUUAGAAAUGUUUUGCUGUAAAAUUAUAGUACCAAUAACAGCAAUUGUUUUAUUUUAUAGUAUUUCAGAUUCUACUUCAAUGAAACGCUUAAUAUCAACAAACGACUUUAUUCGGCGUUGUUUCUGGAUAAUUCUUUACAGAAGACCGCCAUUUUCAACAGUACCACCUAAUAAUACAAAAGUAAUUACAACUAUAGCCCCACCUACAGUAAUUGCAAACUCCGUUGCGUCAGCGACAAAUACCUCAACCACCCCUACAACAAAGGCACCAAUGACCACAGUUACAACUAUGGUAACCACAGCUCUCACUGACGCAGUUACCACUGUAUCCAGUUCAGUAGAAACAUUAGAAGUAACUACAAUUGCAGCUGAUGAAACUACUAUGGAAGACGUAGCUACUACAGAAGCAACAGUAAAAUCAGAAUAAUAAUAAAGUAUACUCAAAUAAUGGUUUUUAUCUGUAUUGAAUCAUGUUCC